AUGUCGGUUAAUCAUGGGUUAGAUCUGGAGUCAGUGACCAUGGACGACUAUACAAAACGAAUUGAGUCCCUAGGUGGAACCUUUAAAGGUGAAGUUAGAUGGACUACUAAUAUUAAAUUAAACGAUUGGAAGACCCAUUUUUUAGAGAUAACAAAAACAGGUUCUUUGGUUCAUUCUGUAGAUAAAAACCAUAUGACAUUGUCUCAAGGUAAUAAAUUAUCAUCAUUAAGUCUCGAUGAUAUGAGUGAUGGUAUACAAGAGAAAAAUAAACAUCCUGUAUUAAGGAAUUUAUCAGGCUGUAAAUUACGUAUAUUGAAAAAUAUUAAUGGAAGAACUAGAGUUUUGAAAAAUAUCAUUAAGGUUUCUGAAAAUUCAAAUACAACUGAAAAUUCAAGUGCAAUCUAUUUAAAUGUAGCAUCAGAAACUAAACUACUGGACCUCUUUUGUAGUUUAACAUGGUGGAGCGCUUUGAAACCAAAAGGUAUAUUUGAUAAGAUGACCUUAGUGAAAAAACAAGAAGAUAUAAAUAAUAAAAGUUCCAAAACAGUUUUGUUUAUUACAUCUGACGUUAAUGUAUUUGGUCCGAUAUCGGAAAAUGUCAUUUUAGAGACAAAUACAAUAAAGACACCUGAAAUGUUUGUUCAUUAUGGCUCUAAAGAUGAAUGUUCAUAUGGAUGGUUUCAAGCAACUAUUAAAUUGUUUUCGAAUGGUGAAGUUGAAGUUUUAAAUUCAACAAAUGAUCAUUCUCUUUUUUCAAUUAACGUUAAAAAUUUGAUAAGGUCUGAGAUUAGAUUAUUGGAUUAUUCAUUAUUUCAAGAUGAAAAUUUGUUAUUUUUAGGUAUUUUACCUCAAUUAAGGAAACAACUAAAUUUAUUUGAUAAUGGUGAAGGAACAAUUUUUUUCAAUUUAGUAGAUGGGAAACCUUUAGAUAGUCUAACUUUUAAUUUCAAAAAUAGUAAGACUCAAAGAGAUGAUUGGCUCAUAGCUUUAAAAUCUUUUGCAAUUUUAGAGAUUCUGAGUUUAAAUGGUUCUGACAGGUCUAACAAAAUGACAGUAUCGAAUAAAUUUAAAUUAACAAUCUUAGAGGCAGAUUUCCAGACAUUAGAUUUAACAGCAAAUGAUAGAGACAUCUAUCUUCAUGCUGAGAUCUGGAUAUGGGGUCGAAUGUGGGCAAGAACUACAUCAAUUAAAAAUGAAAAUUCACCUUUUUGGAGAGAUGAAUUUUCAUUAGAUGAAAUCGUUAGUAUUGAUCAGUUAGAGAUUCGAUUGAUACAAGAGAUAACGGAAAAGGACAAUAUUAAACCAUUGAGGUAUGAAGUACUGGGUACUUUCAAAUUAAGUCAAGAUGAAAUAACAAGUAAUCAAUACCAGAAGGAAAGCAGAGUUCUUGUUUUCGCGGAGGAUCAUCAACAUUUUCAAGUCGCCACAUUAUGUUUUAAAGUUGAGCAUAAAUUAGAAUUUAUAUUACCAUCUAUUAAUUUUACAAAAUUCCAGACUGUACUGUCAUCCGUUCCAUUAAAUGAGGUGACACGAUUGAUAUAUGAUAAUGUUGAUGAGUUAACUCGUGGUGGUAAAUUAGAUACUCUUUCAUCGAUUACGUUGGAAUUAUUUCAAUCAACUGGUAAAGAAGACGUUUGGUUUCAAACUUUAAUGGAAAGAGAAUUAUCUGACAUUGAUAGUGUGGUCCUUAGAAACUUGAAUAAUAACCAUUCAUCAGGGCAUAUCUUUAGUACGCUAUUUCGAGGUAAUUCCCUCCUUACCAAAUCUACUGAACUUUAUUUUUUUGAAGUUGGUAAGGAAUAUAUCAGUUUAGUUAUGACACCAAUAUUGCGUGAAAUUAUUGAAUCUAAUGAAUCGUGUGAAAUUGACCCCUCAAAGAUAAAUUUACCUCAUGAUGAAAAAGAAAUUGUUCUAGAGGCUAAUUAUAACCGUCUAAUUGGAUGGGUAUCACGCUUAUGGCAAUUAUUAUAUAAAACGAGUAAAGAUUUACCAUUGGGGAUUCGAUCUCAUUUAAAGAAUUUUAGAAGGGAAUUAGAGAAAUUUUGUUUAAAGGAUAAUGAAGAGGCGACAUUAAAUUGUAUAUCAGGUUUCUUAUUUUUAAGAUUUUUUUGUCCUGUUAUAUUAAAUCCUAAAUUAUUUAAUGUUACAUUCGAUCAUUUGAAUAAUACUAAUAGACGUUCGUUAACAUUAAUCUGUAAAAUUUUAUUAAAUUUAUCAACGUUAAAGAAAUUUGGUGAAAAGGAACCAUUUAUGGUAAAAGUUAAUGAUUUUAUUAAUGAAAAUUGUGAUAAUCUUAAGGAUUAUAUCGAUAAAAUUACUCAAAAGAAGAUUGAUUUUACAACAACUGUAUUAAAUCUUUCAGAAACAACUAAGAGUAGAUUAAAGGAUGUCACUUUCAAUCAAGAGGAAUUAAAAGAAUUACCUGUUAACCCUUUCAGAUUGGAUAAGGGUUUAAGAGAAACAGAAUUUAUCAAAAUUCUUAAUAGUUUGAAUAAGACCAUGGUUAUUAAACCAUUAAAUAACCCUACUAACGAUAAGAUUCAAGAUUCAACAAAGGAUAUAAAAAAUUCAAAUCCUGUUGCGAUUGGAGAAUUAGAAUUUGAGAAAUUAACGGAAAAUAACGCAGAAAUAUUUGGAGAUGAAUUCAUGCAAUAUUUAGAAGUUGAGAAUGAGGAUAGCAAUGAAAGAAAUGCUAAUGGUGAUAUGGUUAGCCAUGCUGAUUCUAAAAAUGAAAUAAUUGGUUCAGCUACAUCGUUAACAAAUAAGAAUGAUAUUAUGAUGGCUCAAUUACUUCAAGAGACAUCUUUAUUAUGUUUCAAACAAGAAAGAAUUAUUAGAACUCUGUCCGAUUAUGAAUAUCCCCUGGAUGAUAUGUAUAAUAAUUCGACAUAUGCUAAAAGAUUAGCAAAAAGUAUCUUUUCCACUAAUAAGAGGAAAAUAUUAAUAGACUUAACCAAUGGACUACUUCAACCUAACAAUGAGUAUAUACAGAUGUUUGCCGGUUCAAACAAAGAAACUAAAUGUAAUCCCAAUAUAUUUUAUUUGGAUUCCAAAGAUUCAAAAUAUUCUUCCGACGAAGAAGAGGAAGAAGAAGAAGAUGAUGAAGAAGAAAUUGAAAUUAAUGGUAAUGAUUUCUACAUGGGGAAUACAAAUUCAUCUUCCACAAGGACUUUAAGUAAGUUUGCUAAUUUGAUUAAAGGUGGAUCAUUUAAUGAAAAUAAAGAUGAUUCAGAACGAAUUAGUCCCAGUAAACUUUCUAGAUGGUUCAAAAAGAAAUAA